AUGCCGAAUACCGGAAAACCCAGCAAGGACUGCUUUUCCUGUCGACAGCGCCGGAUUAAGUGCGAUCUGGUGCGUCCGGGGUGCACGCAAUGCGCGCGACUACGGAAGAUGUGCCCCGGGUACCGCGAUGAGACCAGCCUUCGUUUCCGGAAUUCCAAUACGGCUUCGUUUGAGCUAAAAAGUCGUACCGGCCGGAGAUUAAAGCUGCAUUACUAUCACCAACCGGGAAUUGAACUCCCCCAAACUUUGAGCCGGCAUGUCAUUCCACUCGUGUUGGACAAGUUUUCGAUCGGUCCAAAAGCUGGCAUCUUUGCAACAGUCAACCGGAUGGUUUCGAUUGCCGGGCAGACUUCUCCAAUAUACGCAGUCUCCAACGCCAUUGCCUAUGCUUAUCGAGCAAGCUACACAGGCUCUCCCACUGCACGGUCAGAUAUGUUUCAUGCAUAUGGUACUGCUCUCCGGACUGUGAAGGCAGCACUCGAUGACCCCGUGGAGUAUAAGAAAGACAGCACGUUAUUAGCUGUGUGGAUGUUUGUUGUCUACGAGUUCCUCUCGAAUGCGAAUCUCACUACCAUUGCAGCCUCUGAACAGGGAGAGCGGCACUGCCGGGGAAUGGCCUCACUGAUCUCUGUGCGUGGCUCGGAACAGUUUUCUAUGCAACAGGGACGGGAUCUCGUCUGGUUCGUGUGUCUUUGCGCACAAAUAAAAGCGCUCAUCGCCAGACGAGAAUCUCCUCCCCAUAUAUUGAAAUGGAUCCAUCAAUUAGGCAGACAAACGUCUGAAUACGCUUUAAGUCAAACAUGCACAUUUGCCUGCCACUGUACGCAAUUCUGCAGUCGAAUCAAAGGAUUACUCCUUGGAACUCCGGAGCAGCUGGUCUUGAAUGCAUCGUCGGUCAUACAGCAGAUGGAGGAGGUCGAGAAAAUGAGAUCUGCUUUAGAUACCAGUGCAUCCUCUGGAGUAUUUGUCUACCAAGAGACCUUCCAACUGCACCUCUCUGAGAACAUGUUAAUGUUUCUAUCUACUAUUGCAACUCAAGCUGAGGUCUCAUCACAACAACGGACUCAAUUCAGUCAAGUCCAGAAACACUGUAUCUCUAUGUUCCAAAGGACCGCAUCGGGUAUUUUGAUUAUUGACUAUCACUCUGUCGGGUGGGGAGAUUCGGUUAUGGUAUUGGCCGGUCUGCUGACCGUUUCAACAUCCCAUAUUUCUUUACCAGUGCAGAGAGACACGGCGACGAAGAUACUGGGUAUUAUAAAAGGGCAGUCGGGUUUUAGGAUUAGUAAUGCCUAG